UGAAACAAUCAUGUGCGUGAUCCUUCAUAUUUUCGCUCUCCAUCUCGUCAAAUUUCGCGCCACUGUUUAAACUUUGCAAGUCAGUGGGAUGGCAUGACCAAGAGACCAUGGUCUCUUGUUAUAACUUAUUAAAUGCGACUUUAAUUCCUGUUAUUAACUAUAUCACAUCCGGUUACUUGCUUUGCAGAUGAUUUAUUCAAUCAAAAUCCAACAAUUUUUUUACAUCAAACAACAAAUAUGUUCAUACAUACCAUAAUAUCGGUAUCAUUAUUAUUCGCCAUUCUGUGGCUUAGGCUCUGACUGUUCCCCGAUGACGACAUGACGUCACUCAAGUGUUAGGGUUUCGGAUAAUGUUCGCAAGGAACGCCUGGUGUAUAUUGUCCAAAAUAUUGGAGUCUUGAUACGGAGUCGUAGAGAGAUGUAGUUUUUAUGUAGUUAUUUUGUAAAGCAGAUUAUUUCUGGCUGCCACGACGCAGGCUAAAAGAGAUGUUUUAGAACCGACGUUUUAUACCCGAACAAAAUGGGGACACAUGGUGAUUGGUUGCCAAAGCUAGUCGUUUUUGAUAUAGAUUACACACUCUGGCCCUUUUGGGUGGAUACUCAUGUUGAUCCUCCAUUCUGCAAACAAAGUAAUGGAAAUGUGACAGACAGGAGAGGAAAAAGGAUAAAACUAUACCAUGACGUCAUGGAUGUAUUGUACUGGUUACAGAAGAAAAGUGUACCUCUGGCGGUAGCCUCUAGAACAAACGAACCAGAGGCAGGAAAAGAAUUAUUAAAAGUCCUUGAUAUUGACAAGUUCUUCAAAUAUAAGGAGAUUUACCCUGGAUGCAAAGUCACUCACUUCAAAGAGUUUAACAAGCAAAGUGGAAUUGCCUUUUCCCAGAUGCUAUUUUUUGAUGAUGAACAAAGAAACAUUAGAGACAUCUCUCAUCUAGGUGUCACUUGUAUACUGGUCCCUGAUGGUCUAUCAAUGGAAUUGUUUAAAGAAGGACUCUCUAAGUACAAGCAAAGGUUGACGUGACAGACAGAAUGACAAUAGUUUAAUUAAAUGAUUUUAAUAGUU